CCUCCUUCCUCACUCUCACCACUCAAACUCGUCUUCAGUAGCAUAAACAUUAACUCAGUUAGUUAACUUAACUACUGUUAGUUAAGUUAACUGAAGCCCAAUGCCCGACCACCCCACACCGCCAACAAUGAACGACCAGCUCUCCAAGCAAACAUCAAUCUUCGGUCUCCGCCUCUGGGUGGUCGGCGGUGUCUGCGUCGGCGCCGCCAUUGUCCUCAUCCUCGUCCUCAUCUCCCUCUGGCUCGCCUCCAAGCUCUCCACCACCAAUAAGAGAAACCGCCACACCAUUCCCGACGUCUCCAAAGAAAUCCAAGAAAUCAAGAUAGAGCCCACCCAUUCGUCUUCUUCUCCCAAGCCCGUUGGGCUUCCCUGCCAGCCCGACCCCACUCCUGAGCCGGACCCUCACCCGCCGCCACCAGAAGCAGAAGAAAGCAACAACAGCAACAGCAACGCGGCUUUGGGGUUUAAGAGAAUUCAGUUUGAGAUUGGGAAGAACCAUAGAAUAUCGUACCCGGAACGGGCUUUCGUGAGGUCAUCUUCGCAAUCGAAUCACGAAAGCGGGGAGGCAUUGGAGCAUAAUCAGCAGGCUCCUACGGUGAUCCCUGAGGUGUCGCAUUUGGGUUGGGGACACUGGUACACCCUUAGGGAGCUUGAAGUUUCCACCAAUAGCUUUGCCAACGACAACGUUAUCGGCGAAGGAGGCUACGGGAUUGUUUACCACGGCAUCUUCAACGACAAUUCUGGUGUGUUGAAUGUGUACUACAACUUCAAUUUGAAUCGGAACCUUAGAGGUCAAGCUGAGAAAGAGUUCAAGGUUGAGGUGGAAGCUAUAGGGCGAGUUCGGCAUAAGAAUCUGGUGAGGUUGCUCGGGUAUUGUGCUGAAGGUGCUCAUAGAAUGCUUGUAUAUGAGUACGUUGAUAACGGAAACUUGGAGCAAUGGCUGCAUGGCGAUGUUGCAGUUGGACCUUGUAGUCCUCUCACUUGGGAAAUUAGAAUGAACAUAAUUCUUGGAACUGCAAAAGGGUUAGCUUAUCUUCAUGAGGGGUUGGAACCCAAAGUUGUUCAUCGCGACAUUAAAUCGAGCAAUAUUUUGAUUGACAAGCAAUGGAAUUCAAAGGUGUCUGACUUUGGACUUGCUAAACUCCUUGACUCUGAUAGCAACUACAUUACAACUCGUGUAAUGGGUACAUUCGGAUACGUAGCUCCUGAAUAUGCAAGUACCGGCAUGUUGAAUGAACGAAGUGAUGUGUAUAGUUUCGGAAUCCUUAUAAUGGAAGUAAUUACAGGCAGGAAUCCUGUUGAUUAUAGACGGCCAUCGGAGCAGGUGAAUUUAGUUGACUGGCUAAAGAAGAUGGUUGGUAAUAGAAAUGCAGAGGGAGUGUUGGAUCCCAAACUCCCUGAGAAACCGAAUUCAAGGGCCCUAAAGAGAGUACUUAUUGUAGCAUUGCGCUGCACAGACUCAAAUGCACAAAAGCGGCCUAAAAUGGGACAUAUUGUACACAUGCUUGAAGCUGAAGAAUCCCCUUACAAAGAGGAUCGUAGAGCUAGAAGGGAAUCGGGAUACACGCCCAAGAAUAAAGUAAACGACAAUCCAAAAGAGGAGGCAACUGUUUCCAGCGAUGAUUGUAGAACUGAAAGUGGGAUGCAGGACAAUGAGACAAGAUGAAGCUACCAAGAAGCGAAGCUGAGUAUAGAAUUUACCAAAAAGAUUACGGUAACCAUCCCUCCCUAGUCCCUUUACAAUCUGUUGUACAAAGAUGCUGAAAUCAAUUUAUAUCCAUGAGACUUUUACGUAUAUUGCUCUACUUUGUUUGUGGCUUCUUCCACUCAUCCUAUACCCACAAUAACCUUAACACAAGAUUUGCUUUGCUUACUUUGUCCCAUGUGUUUUUGCAGAUGUGCUUUUAAUUUAAUGUCAAUCAUGUAAAUGUACUUCAUUCAUUGAAUAAAAAAUGUUGUAAUGCUUCUCAUGCUUGAUCUGAUUAUGUGAUUGAAAGUUUGUACUUUGUAACAUAUUGUAGCACCCAGCAGGUCAUGUUGAGAUAGAAAUACUCAAUUGAGAUGUGUAAUUAAGUGUAAGAUUUAUGAGAGAAAUUAUAAAUGUACAUAUUAGGGUGAGUCCACACCCCUUAGCUGAUUGAACGAUGUAAAGUACUUUCAGUUUUGUUUUCCUUUAAAAUUGAAUAAGCAGUUUUAAUGGUGAAUAAUUGAUAUAUUGCCUUGAGUGAAAAGAUGUAAAAGUGAUACCCUCAUGUAACAACCAAUGGUACAUAAAGGAAAAACAUUUGUGAAUGAAA